UUUCAUUGAGAUGCUUUCUCUCUCUAUCUCAUUCAAGCUUUUGUGCACUUAUUGUAGCUGAAUGAAAUGAUCUCUCUUUUAUUUCUCUCUAUCUAUCUAGAUCUUUGUAAAAAAGGAUGAAGUUUAGUUAGAGUCGAUCAUCCAUCAUCAUUUCACUAUAUGGAGUACUAGUAAGUGGGAUGAGUGAGACAGUUCUGAAAUCUUGCCGGUAAUGGAAAGUUCCGGCUUUGCAUUUUUUUCACCGUCCAGCUAUUUUCAGUAGUUGUUUUGUUUGAUUCUUGUAUGUGUGGUGUGGGUAUCUGUGUUUACUGAGAGAAAGUAAUAAAGCAAAAGAGUUUGUUGUAGAGAGAAAGUGAGAGAGCAGAGAAAGAAAGGAUCUAAGAUGCUCUUUAGUCGCUGCUAGUACUACUACUCAUCAUCACAUUCAUAUCUUCUUCUCUUGAUUUGCUUGUUUUUAUCUUCAUCCCUAUAGAAGAAGUAGAAUCAAACCCAUUCAUUUCACUCUCUAGCUGGCUACUACUACUAGUACUGGUGUGUGUGUGUGUGUGUGUGAAGAUGAUGAACAAAUACAUCUCAAAUGGUGAUGGUGAUAAUGAGAUCUGUAACACUAACAACCCAUCAAUGGUAUCAUUUGUAGGGUUAGAUACUAACAAUCAAAAGCAUUUUGGAGAAUGGGAGACAAACAACAUUGCUAGUCAUCAUCAGCAGCACCAUCAUCACCAACCUACAGCUACAAACAACAACAACCACAACACUGUAAACCCUAAUUUUCUAAACUCAUCAUCAACAACCAACAACAACAUCUUUGAGAAUUUCAACAACAAUUUUUUAUCAACAACUCCUCAUUCCUCAACAUUAUUUCCUUCCAACAACUUCUUCUCAUCAACAUCAUCUUCAAGUACUUGUAACAAUAAUAACAACUCAACCCAAUUUCUUGAUUUCCCACCAUCUUCUUCUACUUCGACAAAUUUCUUCUUAAAAAACAAACCACAACUUAAUUCUAGUAGUAGUUUUGAUGGGUCGGGAUUAUAUUAUAACAGUAUAAACAAUGAUUAUAGAAGAAUUGGGUUAAAUCUUGGUCAUAGAACAUAUUUUUCUUCGAGAGAAUCAACCAUGAUGCUCGAUCGACUAGUUAGAAGACCAAGAGGGUUUUAUCUGGAAAAUCAAGUCCCUAGAUGUCAAGCAGAAGGUUGUAACGUUGAGCUUACACAUGCUAAACAUUAUCAUAGAAGACAUAAGGUUUGUGAGUUUCAUUCUAAGGCUACUAAAGUUGUUGCUGGUGGUAUUGAGCAAAGAUUUUGCCAACAAUGCAGCAGAUUUCAUGUAUUGGCUGAGUUUGAUGAAUCAAAAAGAAGCUGUAGAAAACGUUUGGCUGAUCACAACCGUAGAAGAAGAAAGCCUCAUCAACCCUCUGGUCCAUACAAUGAAACCUCUUCCUCCUCUUCUGCUGUUAAACCUGUUGCUUCUGAAAAUGAAACAGGAAAUUUACAGAUGGGUUCGUCAUCAUCAAGAUCAUCAUCAGAAUUAGUAGCAGCUUACGAUCCUAAUAGUAACCAACAACAAGAUAUGUCACUAUCAUCUUCAUCAGCCACACUUUCUCUGAUGAUCCCAAAAUGCACCACCAACAACAACAAUCACAAAUCAAUUCCUACUACAAAAGCUGCAGAUACAUCGUCACUGAUGACCCACUUCAUCAGUAAUAGUUGUUCACCUCCUAGUAGUGGCCCACACCAUUCUCCUCAUGAACAUAAUCCAUCACAACCGUUCAUAUCCACCGAGGCCAAUUCUCCUAGUGCAGUUUCGUUGUCUUCUUAUCAGAAUCUGUUCUUUCCUAACGUUAACUCUAAUGAACGACAUCACCGUGAGGAAGACGAUCACGAGGAGUUAACGCUACAACAAUCAGCUGGAGAUCAGCAUGGCGCGUCGACAACGUCGGAAAUUGAUCAUGAGGACUUGCACAAUCUGUUGCAUUUGCGUCAGGCGAUGUUCGGUGUUGAAUUUGUUUGAUGAUAUAACAUCUGGGUUUUCAUCAAGGAUUAAUUCAUGAAUUGAUUAGGGAGUUCAAAGGUAUUUAUUAUUAACAUCAAAGUUCAAACACGACUAGCUAUAUAGCUCUAGCUGAUUCGUAUUAUAAGCGAGAAUGAAAUCUAGGGUAAUUUUAAUAGGUAUGAGGUCCAUCUAUAUCAAAUAUAUAGAUAUAUAUAUAAUAAUUGUAACUGUUAUUGCGAGAGAUAUACAUGCAUAUUUCCAUUUGAAA